AAACCUCGAUUUAUACACACUCAGAAAGCUUCACACACUCCUGUCACUUCCAUAAACUCCUGCAUGGCCAAAUCACUAUAUCUAGAGCAAGAUUUCAAACCAAAAGUUCAUACCCCUGGAACAAAAAAUCUAUCUUUCUUUGCCUCUAUGUUCUCCCUUUUCAUCUACGUAUGUGUCUUUUAUACCUUCAACCUAUCUCCCUAUUCUCUCCUCAACAACAACAUCUUCUGGUUUUUCAUGUCCAACACCCUCAUUCUCAUCAUUGCUGCUGACUAUGGAGCCUCCAAAAAAAAACAAGAUCUCUAUGAUGAGUAUGUCCAACAUAGUCAACCACGAAACUGUGCCUCCUCGUACGUACCCAAAUAUGAUGAACAAGUUCAUAAACAAUGCAUUAACCCAAAAAAAGAGCUGGGGCGUAAGCUGUUAGAGGAGAAGAAAGAAACUGUCUCUGAUCAAAAUAUCCCAGAACGUGUACUUGAAAUUGUGGCGAUAAGCCAGCCUAAAAAAUCUAUUAAAUUUUCCCGUGAGAAAAGGUGUGCACUUCAUUUGCAUGAGGGUGAUGAAAAGAUUGAGGAGAAAGCAAUUCCAGCAAGAAUUUACCGGCGAAGUAAAUCUGAUAGAUCCAGCAGAGUGAAGCAUGUAGUGAAUGAGGAGAGAGUGAAGAUGGUGCAAAGAUCAGAGACUGUGAAGGUAAAAGUGAAGGUUGAAGAAGAAAAUGAGUUUUCUAAGAUGUCAAAUGAGGAUCUUAAUAGGAGGAUAGAGGAGUUUAUUCAUAAAUUUAAAUCUCAGACAACUAGCAAUGUCUAUCAAAUUUAGAAAAUCUGCGUUAGAAAAUCCAAAAAAUUUUGCGUUGUAGCUUCUGUACUUGUUUUAAAUGCUGUCUUAUGGCAUAGACCUGUUUCACAUGUUGAAUAUCGUUUUGUGUUUGUGAAACAA